AUGUACAACACCGUCGAUCCGACGCAGCGACACCUUUACGUGCGACCACCUCACAUUAGCGAGCGCCUGUGGAACCAGGCGGAGCUGGACAACCCGGACCCGCUCAACUGCGCGCCCGUUCCUAUCUUGGGCUUCGACGAUCUGCUGAAGCGUAUCAAGGCGCAGCAGGAGCAUGCGGAGAAGUACAACAAGUACACGGACGACCUGCGCGCGCAGCUCAACGAGAUGGACAAGCACUCGCGCGCUACAGAGGAGAAGCUUGAGAAAUGCCGCCACGAGCACGUCCAGCUCUUCCACGCGCUGGUGAAGGUCAUGCGGGACAUCGAGCUGCUGCAGAACUACGGCAAGCCGCUUCAGCGCGAAGAGAUGCAGCUUGCCAUGGCGUUGAAGAAGCUGCAGACGUUGCUGGACUCGCCAGGCCAGUACAAGGCGCGACUAAAUGACGCCGUCUCGCUUCAGCGCGUGCAGAAGGAGGCGCAGCCGCUGCCGUCAAGUCAGCUCAGCCCACAGGACCUGCAGCGACUCUUUGAGGUGCGCAGGCUUUGA